CUCGCUCCCGGGAACCGAGGUUAGCCCGCGCGGGAAAUACCGCGGUGCAAGCCGGGUGUACGAUUCAAAGACUGCCGUCGUAAAUCCUAGAGCCAACUUGGACCCAAUCCACUUAGGAGCUUCAAAGUUGGAAUUGUGUACUGAGAAAGAUGUAUAAGUUAGACCUCGCACCAGAUCCCAAGGAGAUAGCAGCCAUUGAGGCUAGAAAAAAUCGAGAAAAGGAGCGACAAUGCCGAUUCUUCAAUGUGCAGAACCGAAUCAUGGGGGUGGAUGUGGAAGCCCUGAACAGCCAGGUGGAGGAACGAAAGAUUCGUGAAGCAGUGGAGCGAAGCAAUGAUAUGGCUUAUGAUACCAAGCAUGCACACUAUGAUCUGGUAGCACAGAUGCUUGAGAAGGAAGAGGCAGAACGGGCAUGUCGAUUAUCCAAGAGAGUGCAGGAUUUUCGGGAGCAAAGACAGCAACUCAAGAAUGAACAUGAAUUUGACUUCUGUGAUCCCAACCAACUCUAUGAGCUUCCAGCCUCUUACUAUGACAGAGAAUCAUACUUUGGCCCAGCCAGCAUGCAGUACUUCCUUGGAGAGGACCUGGAGAGGGAAUCACGCCUGAAAAUGCAGCAGGAGCAGUUCAGAUACAACCUGGACCAACAGCUGCAGGAGCAACAGGCAGCCAGAGACGAGGAGGCACGUGCAGCUUUGCUUAGUGAUCAGCUGCGCCUAGCCGUGGACACAAGAGCUGCUGAACUGGCCAGGCUGGAGGAGUCCUGCAAAGCAGCCAUGAGGACUGCUAUGGCCAAUGCCAACAAAGCCCAGGCAGCUAAGCAGGCCCUGCUGCAGCGCCUUGAACAGCAGCAGCAACAGGAGGCCAACCUCACGGAGAUCAAGAAACAAAUCACCAGUGAUCUGCUGACUGAGAAUCCUCAGGCUGCCCAGCACCCCCACGCUCCUCACAGGGUCCUGCCCUAUUGCUGGAAGGGCAUGACUCCAGAGCAGCGAGCAGCCAUCAGGAAAACCCAAGAAAUACAACGACAAGAGAAAAAGGAACAGCGCCAAGCAGAAAAGUCCAUGGAAGCUGAGUGGGGACGCCAAACCAUCAACUUGGCUGAAGCAGCACUGGAGCUAGAGGAACAGGAGAAGGAACUGUGUGCAGAAUUCCGGAGGGGGCUGGGCUCCUUCAACCAGGAGUUAGCUAGGGAGCAACAAACCCAGCAAAAUUAUCUGAAUUCGAUCAUCUACACCAAUCAACCUACUGCCCAGUAUUUUCUGCAGUUCAACACCACCAGCCGCUGAACACAGGAUGGUGACCUCCUUUCUCACCUAUCAAUCUCACAGGUGGCUAGGAGUCAAAAAGAAAAUGCUACAUACCCUUAUCUCCAAUCUCUUCUCAGUAGGAGGGAACUGAGCCCAAACCUCCACUUUCUACCUACCCUAAGUAAUAAAGUUGCUCCAUACAGUGAA